CGCCAGUCCCCGCCCAGGCGCCACGCCCACGUCCGAACACGCCCGCCCAGGCCCGCCAGCCCGGCGGGACUCGAGCCUGGGAAGCGUGGUGUCGCCCGUGGCCGAGCAUGUUUUUGGCUCUUGGCAGUGGAACAAGAUUCCUGAAGACAAUUUAUUCUUCAAAAAUCCUUGGAUUCUCUACUUCUGCUAAAAUGUCUUUGAAAUUCACAAAUGCAAAACGAAUUGAAGGCCUUGACAGUAACGUGUGGAUUGAAUUUACCAAGUUGGCUGCAGACCCUUCUGUUGUGAAUCUUGGCCAAGGACUUCCCGAUAUAUCCCCUCCCGUAUAUGUAAAAGAAAAAUUAUCAAAGAUUGCAGCCAUUGAUAGCCUGAAUCAGUAUACCCGGGGCUUUGGCCAUCCAUCACUUGUGAAAGCUCUGUCCUGCCUAUAUGGAAAGCUUUAUCAAAAUCAAAUCGAUCCAAAUAAAGAAAUCCUUGUGACAGUAGGAGCAUAUGGAUCUCUUUUUAGUGCCAUUCAAGCCUUAAUUGACGAGGGAGAUGAAGUCAUAAUAAUAGUGCCUUUCUAUGACUGCUAUGAGCCCAUGGUGAGAAUGGCUGGAGCAACACCUGUUUUUAUUCCCCUUAGAUCAUCUAAACCUGUUGAUGGAAAAAGAUGGUCUAGUUCGGACUGGACAUUAGAUCCUCAUGAACUGGAAAGUAAAUUUAAUUCCAGAACCAAAGCUAUUAUACUGAAUACUCCACAUAACCCCCUUGGCAAGGUGUAUACCAAAGAGGAACUCCGAGUAAUUGCUGACCUUUGCAUCAAAUAUGACACACUCUGCAUCAGUGAUGAGGUUUAUGAAUGGCUUGUAUAUUCUGGAAAUAAGCAUUUUAAAAUAGCCACUUUUCCAGGUAUGUGGGAGAGAACAAUAACAAUAGGAAGUGCUGGAAAGACUUUCAGUGUAACUGGCUGGAAGAUUGGCUGGUCCAUUGGUCCUAAUCAUUUGAUAAAACAUUUACAGACAAUUCAACAAAACACCAUUUAUACUUGUGCUACUCCUUUACAGGAAGCCUUGGCUCAAGCUUUUUGGGUUGAUAUCAAGCGCAUGGAUGAUCCAGAGUGUUACUUUAAUUCUUUGCCAAAAGAGUUAGAAGUAAAAAGAGAUCGGAUGGUAUGUCUACUUGAGAGUGUUGGCCUAAAACCCAUAGUUCCUGAUGGAGGAUACUUCAUCAUUGCUGAUGUGUCUUUGCUAGAUGCAGACCUCUCUGAUAUGAAGGACAAUGAGCCUUAUGACUAUAAAUUUGUGAAAUGGAUGACUAAAAAUAAGAAACUAUCAGCCAUCCCUGUUUCAGCAUUCUGUAACUCAGAGACUAAAUUACAGUUCGAGAAAUUUGUACGAUUUUGCUUCAUUAAAGCUGCUGCCACUGCGUCCUCAUGCCCCCUGGGCUGCAUCACCACAUGUGGACCUGCCCUGUCACCCUCUUGCAGAGGUGCCUUCCUCCGAGACUCCAGUACUCCACACCAGGCCACACUGUCACCCCUGCACAGAAGCUCUCCUCGCCCCUCCUGGGCUCUGACAGCCAUGCCAGAUGCCUGCAUGGGGCCCCCCUACCAUGCAGGAGCCUCGUUUACCCACUGAGGCUCUGGCACCCUGUUCCAGGUCAGCACCACCACUGCUGCCACCACCACCUCACGCCACCCACACUGGCCACCCUGCUCACUCCACUCUGGCUGCAUCACCCUGGCCCCUACACACGGACACCCACUUGCCUCAGCCCCACCUAUGGGCUUUCAGACUGACUCAUUUUGGUAGAGAGGAAAUAGAAAGAAAAGGUAGAGAAGCGGAAUAAGAGAAGGCUGGAUUUUUACCGUUUACCCUUCAGUUUAGUUUUAUACCAUAUGCAUGUAUUACCUAUUCAGAAAGCAGAUGGAUUAUUUUUCAGUAAUUAUAACUGAAACUUUGAAAGGAGGGAGCAGAGUAGUAUGAAUGAACUAAAUUUCCCUUGUUUGGAGCAAAGUACAGGUAUGGUGGUUAAUGUGUGAAGUUCACAAAGAAGGAAAUAGAAGCAUAAGCAUAUUUCUUAGAUUUUCGUGGUAGCCAUUAGAACUAAAAUCAGAAAUUGCCAUAAAAGGUUACCUUGGAGGAUGGAGGGAUUACUAGGAAGGGGUGGGAAGGGGCAGAGCAGACAACUAUUAUUCUUCUGUACUCUUUGACUUGUUUCUGAAAUUAUAACUAAUUUGGUGAACUGUUUUCCUCUUUGGGGGUUCUGCCUUUGCAUUUUCACUUUGAAAAUUUUCUAUACCUGAGAUCAGAUAUUCACUUAAAUAUUCAUA